GAGUAUAAAGGGAAAGUUUUCAAAAAGUUAAAAUUUUUGUAACCGGAAAUGAAUCCACGCAAGACCGGAACUACAUUGUUUGUUAAAAGAUUAUAAACUUUUUAAGAGAACAAUUUGUGUAAAUUUCACAUAUAUCCGUCAUCAUAAAAAUAAAGAAAUCUGCUGUUGUUGGUUCUUGAAUUUUAAAAAAGUAUCACGGAUAAUCGGUGAAUUACGUUUUGGCUUGAGACGUGACGUCAGAUUUUAAGGUGCACUACCUAUUUUGCAUAUAAAAAUGCGCACAAGAAUAUGAAAUUAUUUAAUAGGUAAAUAUCACUUUUUAGCGUUUGUUUUUCAAAUUCAUGUUUGGUGUAUCUUAUUUUCAUUGACACUCUAUGCUAAUGUUAAGUCUUUUGUUAUUUAAUAAUUUAAAAUCAUCAUAUUUACGCGUAUGAAUUCAAGCACCUUGCAAGUGAGACAUCCCUUGUAAAGCUGCCUUAUUUUCUGUGCGAACAUUGGUCAGAAUCAUUCACAAAAAUGUUUAGUAGGUAAAUGGUGAUGUUAUAAACAAUGGAUGUUACGAGCACAAGUGAGAGCCAUGCGACUGAAUCCAUGGAAUCGACUGAUGCCCAUUUCCCAUCCUACCAAACCAUGUCCCUGGCAGGAAUUGGACAGAUGCAGAAUCCUGAUAUGUACUCCGUCUCAGAGCACAACCAAUCAGAGGUGCAACAUGUGGUUGAGCCCUCAUUUACUGUUUCGUCAAAUGAUGAUAUUCAAAAUCAGCCACUGCCACAUACUUCUCAGUUUGACCAACUAAGCCAUUCCCAAAUGCACUUUGAGAGAUUUGAGAACGAAGAUAACCAAAUUUUAGACAAUUCCAAUCUUGAAGAUGACAUUGCAAAACCUCAUGAUAUAAUGACAUCUUAUGAAAACAACAUCAAUCAACCACAAAUAACAGAUGAUAACUUUUAUAACUCAAAUGAUCCAAUGCAAAGUAAUUCUGAGAAUGUAGAUUCAUCUGUGACUUCACAUAGUGAGAUUGCGCAACAGCUUUUGUACGGUCAACCUGUUUCCCAGCAACAAACGAUGGCAUCAUCAAUGACAGGUCUUAAAGCGCUACUUAUUAGCCCGAAACAAAGAAUAAGGCGACCCAAAGAAAAACCAAAGCCUCAGUCUAACUAUGAGUUAGAACAAGCGUAUCGCAUUUUACGUGAAAUCAUGCAUGAGAAUAACAAAUCUGUUAAUUGGCCUUUCAUGGAUGAGGUAGACGUUCAAAAAUAUGGACUAUGGGAUUACCAUGAACGAAUACGUAAGCCAAUAUGGCUCAGAAAAAUGAAGGAAAAAUUUGAAAAUCUGGGGUACACAUCAAUUACUGAGUACAUAUCUGAUAUGCGACUAAUGCUAGAGAACUGUUAUCGAUACAAUGGCCCCGAUCAUGUGAUUUCUAAAAGAGGUCAAAAACUUGAAACGAUUCUUGAACAGAAGUUGACUUUGCUAUCAAGAGAGAUCAGGGAGAAGUGUACCAUUGAUGCCACUCGAGGUUUGUCUGGAGCGCUGGAUGAUGAAAACACAAAAGCAGCAAGUCUAGGAUUACGUCGCCGUAACAAACACUUAACACCACAUGACUCAUCAAAGCUAUUGACACAUCUCAGAAUAGAAAAACAAGAAAGGUUGAAAGAGGCACGCCGGCAACAUAUUUUGGAAAUGAGGCAUAAAAAGGAUGAGUUUAUUAACAGUUUAAGCGAAUGGGAAGAUAAACUGCUGGCGGAACCAAUCAAAUCACAGUUGAAAUCAAUGUGGGAGCUUCCUCAAAUUGGCCAUUUUUUGUACUUGUGUCUUGAGCCAUUGAACAUGGAAGAAGUGGUCCAUUAUGAACUGGAGCGCUGUUUUGCCAUGCCCAAGCAAAGUGUCACCAUGCAGAAGAUCAUGACCUCUUUACUCAGCACCCCCUAUCAACGGACACGUUUGGACACGAAGCCUCUGAUGCCUUAUUCUGUGUGGGAAGAGAAGCUUUCUCUGAAGAUGCGUCACUGGUACAAGAUACUUCAAGACUCGGGAAGCAUACAUAAGACUUGUGAAAAGCUGGGCUUAGAGCCCAUGUUCUUCAAGGUGUUAGGUAUGGUAAACCCAUUGGAGAGGGGAAAGUACCACGAGCUGACAUACUUCCAGAAAGUCUGGGUGAUGAAAGCCAUGUGUGAUUACUGUUUGGAGAAUCAAGAAAGCAUCCGUGAUGCAAUCGAAGCCCAACAAGAUAAUGAGCGGACUGCCUAUGUCCUUGGGAGUGAUGUUGACGGCAACACCUAUCUCCAUUUCCCACAGUUCUGUGGGGCUGACGUAAGAAUAUAUCGCCAAAGUCCUAUUACCAUGCCAACAAUGCCUAAACCCAAACCUCAGAAAGUAGUCCCGAGGAGUAAAUCACUUAAGAGGCCAUCGCGCAAGCCAUCAAGGACUCCAAAGAAGAAGAUGAAGACAGUUGUGGCAAAGGAGGUAUCUCCAAGUCCAAAGAGGACCAGGCCCAGUAGGCUGAGACAGACAAUCAAGCCUGUCAUGUCAAAUGCUCCCCUUGAGAUUGCCACGACAACUGAAGAUUCAUCAAGUGAAACUGAGGCAACAGAAACCAGCGAUGCAGAAUCCGAUGUAACAGAUGCGCCAAGUGAAGUCUCGACAAUUUCAAGAUCAAGUUCUGUCAAUAAAGUUCACUAUCCGUCCCAUAGUCCACGUAUGACUCGCAAUAGCAUGAAAACAGAGGUUGAUGAGCUACCAAUGUUAAGUAAAACACGUAGGAAAAUAUUCGGGGUGGAUAUGGGUGAUUCCGAUUCUGAAGUUAGUAGUGUGAAAUCAGGAACGUCUGGCCGUACUACUCGUAACUCUACACCGAGAAAAGCCAGUUCUUCAUCACGUUCAAAUAGUCCAGUGCCUGCCAGUGUAGCCUCACCAUCAAGUUCUCGUAAGACUCGAUCUAGAAGGGGUUUAAAAACACCAAGUAAAUUACUUACAGAUUCCACACCCUCCCAGUCUCCUACACCAUGUGAUACUGAAACCAUUUCACAGUCAACAGAAUCCCCUAGUAAUCACGAGGACACAAAUACUGGCAAUGAGGACAUCACCAAAAGUAAUGAUAUUAGUGUUAAAGCACAGCCAUGUAGUAGCAAGAAUGAAAAUUAUGAUAGUGGUGUCGAUAAGAGUGACUCAGAAAUGACUGAUUGUGCUGACAGUGAUAGCGAGACCCAACCAGGGCCAGGCAAAUGGAAAGAUACUCAAAAUAAUAACCCUAACGCAAAACCAAUUGGAGAUGAUACUAACAAUACAAAACCUAACUGUAUUGAUAAUCAAACUGCUGCAAGCUCUAGUAGGAGCAAUGAUGAUUAUAAAGCUUCUGAAAAAGAUUCUGCCAUUUCUUGCACAGAUUAUAAACUUAAUGGUAAAACCAGUAGUGAUCUGAUGGAAACAGACAAAAAGGUCGAAAAGGCUGACACAGUUGAAAAUGAAUGCAGCAGUCUAGCAGCUGAUGUAGCAGCUGAUGAUACUAAAUCAGAAAAAGUAAAUGAUAUUAAAUCAAAUGAUAUAAAAGUAAAUCAAAAUGAAACCAAAGCAGAUGAUACCAUGGCAACUAAUGAAGAAAGCCAAAACAAUGAACUAAUAAAAAAGGAAGUGAUUGAUGAUCAAAACCAUAAUGAAGAAGUAGAAAAUGUGGAUAAAGAUAAUGACAAUUGCAGUACUGUAGGAGAUAAUACAAAUGCCAUCAAGCAAGUACCUGAAGCUGAUACUAAUGAUGCAAAAGAUACAACCACAAAGGAAUCUGGGAAGAAUGCUAUUAAAGAGAAGCUUCCAGAACUCCCAACCCCAGAAAUAUUGGGGCCUGUUGAGGGAGAGUUUGAGCUAGUGGUGGAAAGUGUUGAAACAUUAAGAGAACUCACAGAGAAAUUUGCAGAACCUGCCCCUGUUGAAAUUAAAGGGAAGAAGGGCAAGGUAACCACUGAACCAGUUGCCUGGCCCAAAAAGCACAAAGAGCUCCACAGUCGACUACAUUUCCUCCUUGUUGAAUUGGAACCAUGGGACCAGAAGCUGUUACAAGCCAAUAAGAAAGCUAGAAUGAAACUCCGUAAAGAGUUUGAAGAUUAUGAAGAAGAGGUUAAGCCAGAGGAUGAUGUGUGGGAAAGUGAAGAGUCGGCAAGUGAAGAGUCUGAGGAAGAAGAAGAGUCCAAUGAUGAGGGUCAGAAUGAAGAGAAACAAAAGCAAGUGAUCAACAAACCUGUACGUAAGAAGAAACGCCAGGAAGAUAAGCCUGUUGCCCCAGAGCCUGUAGUCGAGGAUGAAAUUGAUGUCUCCUCCAGAGGGCGCCUCCGAAAGCGCAGGUUUAUACCAAACAACAUAGAAGACCAGGGUCUUAAACCCAAGAAGGUUGCCAAGUUGUUUGAGGGGCCGAAAUACCCUGUUCCGAGUACAGAAUCGGUGUUACAUCAACAUUUGAUGAAGCCACUUGCAACCAGUGUGGGGACCCUAGGAGCUAGAUCAACCCCUGGACUGUCGCACUUGCAGUUCCAGAGCUCAGCAGUUUCCACACCCCAGGGGACUAAAUCUAGUUAUAGCCUAUUACAACAGCCCCAGCUAGGACAAGCCUCUCAUCAGCUCAUACAGGCCUUAUUGGCCAAUGGGAACCAAGCAAAGAACACUGACACUGCAAUUAAACCAGUGGAGGGAAAAAUAUCUGAAAAAUUUCCAGGGUUUCAAUUCAAACUGCAACCAGGUGUGUCUAUUGGUAACACAGCAUCCUCCAAAAUGAGCUCUGUAACAGCUUCUUUGCUGCAGUCUCCCCUACAGCCAACAUCAUCUACAAACAAGACCCAAGUUUAUAAUGUUAACCCUGUGAAAUCUCUUCCUCCUGCUCUCAUACACAGUCUCCUGGCAAAACAGAUGGCAGCACUUAAAAAACCACCCAAACAGCCGGUUGUCCCAGUGAUAACUUCACCAGCUUCGGCAGUGGCUGCGUCUGUUAUGUCAGUACCAGAAAGUACAUCUCCAAGUGCACAACCUGCAGCACGGUUGACAGCUAGUCUGUUGCAGCAAGGAGUGAAUAAUCAAGGUCAGAUUUCAAGUAGUGAGACUCAAGCAACGUCUGAGGUGUCAACUCAACCUAAAUCACCGAAUUCUUUCUCAAGCCCCUGGGCGCAGCAAGUGUUGAAUCCUUACAAUGUUGCUAUUAAUAGCUCUAAAUACCCAGCCAAUGCUACUGUCAAGAUGUUACUUGAGAGAAGACAGAAGUCAGCAGUUAGCACUUCCAAUGAGACUUCCAGCUCUCCAUCUCCCGUUACAGUAUCAUCAACUGGGAUAGUUCAAGCUCAAUCUGUAGGGGUCUCCACUGCUCUCAGCUCAUCUUCCACAGGUAUUGUUGUAUCACAAGUUCAAGGCGCAACCCAAAGAGCACCAAUAGUUGCAGGCCAGCUUGGAGCCUUACGUGUCAUAAGCUCACCAGCUAGACCCUUACUCUCUACAGGCACUGGCCCUUCACAGGCAUCCAACACAGCCCUACCAAUAGCUGGAGCCAAGAUACGUUUCCCUCCAUCUCUUACCCCUGCUUCUAAUAUUCUACAGCAAGCGGGGAAACUGGCCCCAGGUAUGACGAGGGUUGAUGUGAUGCCGGUUAGAUCCAGUGUCAUUGAUGCUGCAGUGAAGGCAGUCAUGACGGAUGUGAAGACAAGCCUACCUACAGCUCAUAUAAAAGUUCCUCCAUCACCCCUUAGUGUACGGAGUAUUCAACCCAGGAGACCAGUAACCACCACCCGUAUGGCACAAACCACACCUAUCCCAGCGUCCCCUGCUGCCCCCACACCACAGCGUGUACCUAUGAUGAUCAAUGUUGUAAGUCCUGGGAAAUCAGCCACUGUACCUCCUUUGUCUGACACAACACUGACAGCUAAAGUUGCUAUUGCCCAAGGAUCUCAAGGUCAACCUGGCCGGGGACUACUUUCUCUGUCUCCAUCUGCUGGUACACGGAAAAAUGAAGUGAGGAAGAAUGUGAUUGUGAAAAUAGUACCUCCUGGCUCUACUACUGCUCAGACCCAAUCUAUCCCCGCAGUCAUGACACCGCAGGGUCUGGUGAUUCCCCAGCAGUAUUUAACAGGGGCCAACCAAGCAUCUAGGCUGGUAAUCCAAGCAGUAAACCAGUCUACUAAGGCAUCUGGAGCGACAGUUCUUCCAACAGGAAGCCAGCCAACUUUGAGCCAAGGUCAAGGUCAAAUAAAUAUCUUGCAGGGACAAGCGAAUGUGCAACAAGGAGUAAGAAAUGUUGCACAAACUCAAUCAAAUGUUGCACAAACAAAGCUGGUACAAAGUGAAAGUAAUCCACUUCAAAUGAAUAUGCCUAGAGGCAAUCUACAGGCUGGACAGGUCCAUACCAUUGAUGGUAGAACAUACGUCAUGCAAGGCCUAACCACUGGUGCAAAUGUGCUCCCAAAACAGACAAAAACAAUAACAAUUCAACCAGGAGUGGCAAGGCAACCGAAAGAAUCUUCUCAAGGUAAAGUGAUAUCAUUGAGCCCUGCUGGUGAUUCUGUUAGCUCAAAGGUAGCUAAAGUGAUAACUAUAAAAAAGGAGGUUGGCCCUAAAACUGCCUCAGAUAAGGUAGUUGCCACUAAGAACCUUAAUACUGAAAGUCAAAAUCGAAUUGUUAAGCAGGAUGAUCUUGCAAAGGUACAACAACAACAGAGUAUCAUGAAUACAUCUGGAGAGAGUGAUGAUCUUGCACAGUUGCAGCAUCAAAGUGCAGCCUUGCAACUGAUGGCCCUAAAGCGAGGGAGUCCCCAACAACCUGUUGUCAUGGUAACCAGUUCCCAGAAAAACAUCCAGUUGUCCCAGGGCCAGAUGAGUAACUCUUCGAGACUUCUUGUUGCUGUCACAGGAACUGUUACUUCUCCAGUAGUCACAAAUGUUGACCCUAAUAGGCUUACUGGUGUCCAAAUGCAGCGCCCACAACUCCAGCUCCAAACUAAUCAAGUUACUCCUCAGAGCCCCAUAGUGACAACACCAGCAAUUACUUCUCCCCCUGUCAAUGCCUCCUUGCCCCAGAUAGCAGGACAAAUUAGGAAUGCCAAUUUGCGUCAAAUAAUGUUAGCCCCUGGAUACCAACUGUCGAGUGGCAGUCAUGUUAUACCACAACCUCUUACAUCACAGUUUUUAAAUACACCAAGUUCAGGACAAGUCAUUGUAUCCCAAGUGUCUCCACAGGCCCCUAUUUCAACAGUUGCACAGGGGUCCCCAUUUCAAAUGAACCAAGGGGGCUCUGUACAGAUGCCAUCACCAGGGCAAGUGCAGAUACUAACUGGAUCAGGUCAACUCAUAAAGACUCGGAUGACACAACCAGUUCCAGGGAGAAAUAUAAGAAAUGUGCAGAUAGUAGGAACUGGUUCACAAUCACAACCAUCCAUUGCUGUUCAACCAUCUAUUGUACAACCAUCUGUAGCUGUACAACCCUCUAUAACUGCCCAACCGUCUUUAGCUGUACAACCAUCUGUACAACAAGCAGUUCAGAUCUUGCCUCAAGUGCAGUUGCAACAGAUCCAAAGGCAAGCCUCCAUUCCAGUUCUGUCUAAUGUAAUACUUCAACAGCUUCAAGGACAGGCCUCAAUGCAAGUACAACCCUCAAUACAAGUACAGCCCUCUGUACAAGUACAGCCCUCAGUAAAAUUACAGCCCUCUUUACAAGUACAGCCCUCAGUAAAAGUACAGCCCUCUGUCCAAGUGCAACCCUCUGUACAAAUCCAGCCCUCUCUCAAAAUGCAGCCCUCUGUCAAAGUGAACCCUACUGUAAAAGUACAGCCCUCUGUAAAUAUACAGCCCUCUGUUCAAGUGCAGGUACAGUCAGGUCAGGGUCAGCCCACAAUGCAGAUAUUAUCUCCAGUUAAAGUUGAUUCAGCUGUAAAUACUCAGUCAGCUGUACUCGGACAAGCACACACAACUGUCCUUGGUCAACCAGCUGUACAAAUUCAGCCUCAGCUACAACUUCAAACGCAGUUUCAGCCUUCAGUGCAAGCGACACAAGUCCCUGUACACUUGCAACCACAAGUACAGUCAACUGUACACUUGCAACCACAAGUACAGUCAACUGUACACU